AUGGACAAAAGUCUGGUCGCCGGGCUUCGGCACAUCAGACUCUCUGCCUUCACUGACCUAAGCACGGAUGACUGAGAGAUUGAAUGAGCUGCUAGCUGGGAGGUGUCGGAGUCUCGGCUGCGGUCAUCAUCAGCAUCCUCCUGCAGGUUCUCCUCCAUGCCCCCCGUUCGAUUCGGGUGUUGCUCGGCGGGAUCUGUACUCGUCUCCGCACAAAUCCAAUCUCCUGCUCGUCCUGGCAGAAUGGACUCGGGAGGUUAAUCUUCUGCCGAGGUGAGGAGGGGGCGAUUCGAGCGCAAUUGGAGGACGAGCGGCGUUCGGAGGAGUGGGGCGGGGACUGGAGAGGCGAGCUCGAGGCGAUGGAGAUGCUUCGGAGUGCAGCAGAUGCGGAUUCUUUGAGCUGACUGAUUUACUGACUGACUGAUUUCGAGCCAUGAAAAUCCCGCUGGAAUGCAGGUGACGAGAGUAGCGCCUCGAGAUUGCCUUCGAAAUGCAGCUGGCGUCGAGGAUUGCGUGACUGAAGGUCGCAGUUUCGAAAUUUCCAUGACUAACGCAGCCUGCCGAGAUUCUUCGCGAGGGCGAGGGCAAGGGUCUGUUGAAUUUUCCGUCAAUCAGCCAUCGCGCUGUUCUGAGUUUUGCCCUGACGACUGAAGCUCACGAGUUAAGGGCGAAUUAUGGCGGGGCCUCGAGGAGCUAUGGAGGUGGAGCACGUAGAAGCUCGGGGAGGAGGAGGAGGGCCGACAGUUCGUGAAGGUGGUAGUGUAGUCAUCGCGGUGCAGGAUGAGAAGGACGCCAAGGAGUCAGGGCCGGGCGGAGAAGGCGAUGGGAAAGCGCAUUCGGACGAUCGCUCUGAAGGGUCUGCUGCCGAGAGGAAGGAGCGCAAGAAGAAGGACAUGAUCCCCAUGUACAAGAUGUUCGCGUUCGCAGAUUACCUCGACGUGGUGCUCAUGAUUCUGGGAACGAUUGGAGCCGUGGGCUCUGGAGUCGCGCAGCCCUUCAUGACCCUGCUUUUCGGCCGACUCGUCGACGCCUUCGGCUCCAACGGAACGAACUUCAGUGCACUCGAAUCGGAAGUGGCCACGGUUGCGAUGUUAUAUAUCUACGCCGGGCUGGGAGCAGCUGUGGCAUCUUGCUUAGAGGUAACAUGCUGGAUGAUUACGGGAGAGAGACAGGCGUCUCGUAUCAGGGCUCUCUAUCUGCAGGCCAUCAUUCGACAAGACGUCUCAUUUUUCGAUCAAGAAGUGAGCUCUGGGGAUGUGAUCUCCAGAAUGUCAGAAGAUACAGUUUUGAUCCAAGAAGCCAUGGGUGAGAAGGUGGGAAAUGCCGUGCAACUAUUAUCGAGAUUCGCCGCUGGAUUCGUCAUCGCUUUUAUAAAGAGUUGGAAGCUUACUGUUGUCCUGGUUUCGGUUGUACCGGUGAUCGCGUUUGUGGGAGGAUUUAUGUCAUCGAGAGUUUCAACCCUCACGAUACGAGGACAAACUGCUUACGCUGAGGCCGGCAAAAUUGUGGAACAAGUUCUCAGCUCGAUAAGAACGGUGGCCUCUUAUGGUGGAGAGAAGAAAGCUAGCGAGGCUUAUGACAGCUCGCUGAAAGUAGCCGAAGCGGCUGGCGUUCAACAAGGGGUCGCUAUGGGGUUGGGCUCAGGUUUAACUCUCUUCGUCAUGUUCAAUACUUACGCCAUGGCCUUGUGGUAUGGUUCACGCCUCGUUGCUGACCGAAGUGUCACAGCCGGGGACGUUAUCAUGGUCAUCUUCGCCGUGGUCAUGGGAGGCAUGGCCCUCGGUCAUAUAUCGCCUUCCAUUUCUGCUUUUGCAUCCGGCAGAGCAGCAGCCUUUAAAAUGGUCCAGGUCAUUCAUCGCAAGUCCGAGAUCGAUGUGACAGAUAUGAGUGGCCUUAUUCCGAAGAACCUUAAAGGCGACAUUCAUCUGAAAGAAGUGACCUUCGCGUACCCGACCAGACCUCACGUUGCCAUUUUCAAGAAUUUCAGUCUCUUCAUCCCGGUGGGCACCACAGCUGCACUGGUCGGAGAGAGUGGCAGCGGAAAAUCAUCAGUCAUCAGUUUGGUGGAGAGGUUCUACGAUCCACAAGAGGGACAUGUCUUGCUCGACGGAGUCGAUAUUAAGACCCUGCAGUUGAGAUGGCUGAGGGAGCAGAUCGCCCUCGUCAGCCAAGAGCCUGUUUUAUUCAGUACUUCCAUAGGAGAGAACAUCUUAUACGGCAAGGAAGGUGCCACAAUGGAGGAGGUCAAAGCUGCAGCCAUAGCUGCCAACGCUUGGACCUUCAUCCAAAAACUACCUCAGGGUUUUGAUACACAAGUUGGAGAACGUGGGACACAGCUGUCCGGAGGUCAGAAGCAGAGAAUCGCCAUCGCCAGGGCGAUUCUGAAAGACCCUCGGAUCUUAUUACUGGAUGAAGCCACAAGUGCUCUGGACGCGGACUCUGAGAGAGUGGUGCAAGACGCUUUGGACCGAGUGAUGGUAGGUCGGACCACGGUGGUGGUGGCACACCGGCUCUCGACCAUCAAGAAUGCAGACAUGAUAGCCGUGGUUCGUAAUGGUGUCAUUCUGGAGACUGGCACACACGCGGAGCUCAUCGAGAAUCCAGAUGGCGGAUACUCUCAGCUCAUCCGCCUCCAAGCCAUGCAUCAGGGUGAAGCAGAGCAGGAUGUCGUACGUCCAGUGUCGAUUGGAAACGAGGUUGAGGACGUAAGUGGUAGCAGAGGAGGCAGUGAGCGCUUCUCUCGAAAUUUCAGCAGGGGGAGCAGCUUGGAUGGCAAGGGAGGACUGGUGUCCACGCUCGGCUUGACCGGCAGCAGAAUUAGAAGGUCGCUGAGCCAGACGUCGGACGUGGAUGUAGAGGCUGGCAUGAAAUCCACCGUCGCUCUCGACAACGACGAGGAGAAAGUCAAGAAAGGGUCCUUCUGGCGCUUGGCCAAGCUCAACAAACCCGAGGCUCACUACUUCGUCGUGGGCAGCGUCGCUGCGGCGGGCCAGGGCCUCGUCCUGCCCAUGUUCGGCCUCCUCCUGGCGAGUGUCAUCCAAUUGCUCUUCAAAACUCCCCACGAGAUCCGACGAGAGGGCCGAUUCUGGGCUCUCAUGUUCCUGGCUCUCUCCACCGGAACCCUCGUCGCUUCCCCCAUCCAAAAAUUGUGCUUCGCCGUGGCGGGCAACCGCUUGAUCCGGCGCGUCAGAGAUCGAACCUUCAGUCACGUUCUGCGCCAAGAAAUUGCUUGGUUCGACGAGGAUGCCAACACCAGCGGCGCCGUGAGCGGGAGACUGUACUCGGAUGCGGGUGCAGUCAGGGGCAUGCUGGGGGACUCGCUGUCGCUGGUGGUGCAGAACUGCGCCACCAUAUCAGCCGGUCUCAUCAUCGCCUUCACCUCCGGCUGGGAGCUCGCCCUCGUGGUUCUGGGCCUGGUCCCCUUGCUGGGCCUCCAGGGCCUCAUCGCCGGCAAGCGACUGAGCGGCUUCGCCAAAAGCGCCAAGGCGAACUACGAGAAGGCGAGCCGCGUGGCCAGCGACGCCGUGAGCAACAUCCGCACGGUGGCGUCGUUCUGCGCCGAGGAGAAGGUGCUGGCGUUCUACGAGCAGUCGUGCCGGCAGCCGCUGAAGAACGGUGUCCAGCAGGGCGUCAUCAGCGGCAUCGCGCUCGGCGUCGCCACCUUCACGCUCUUCGCCGCCUACGCGCUCGGCUUCUGGGCCGGCUCCAAAUUCGUCGCCCUCGGCCGCAUGUCGUUCGCCGACGUCUUCCGGGUAUUUCUGUGCAUCGCGACGAGUGCCAUCGCCGUGACGCAGUCGUUCACCAUGGCGCCCGACGUGGCCAAGGCGAAGUCGGCCGUCACGAGCAUCUUCAAAAUCCUCGACAGGAAGUCGAGAAUCGACCCGCUGGAUCCGGCCGGCGCCACGCUCGACAAGCUCCAGGGCCGAGUGGAGUUCCGGCACGUGCGCUUCCGGUACCCGGCGCGACCGGACGUCUGCGUCCUGCAGGAUCUGUCUUUCGUGCUCGCCGCCGGUCAGACGCUGGCGCUCGUGGGAGAGAGCGGGAGCGGGAAGUCGACGGUCAUCUCGCUGCUGGAGCGGUUCUACGACCCGGAGGCGGGGCAGGUGCUGAUCGACAACGUGGAGAUCCGGUCGCUGCAGCUGGGCUGGCUGCGGAGCAAGAUCGGGCUGGUGAGCCAGGAGCCGGUGCUGUUCGACGGCAGCAUCCGCAUGAACAUCACGUACGGCAAGGCGGCGACCGACGAGGAGGUGCGCGCGGCGGCCGCGGCGGCCAACGCGCACAAGUUCGUCGCCGACUUGCCGCAGGGGUACGAGACGCGCGUGGGCGAGCGCGGCAUUCAGCUGUCGGGCGGGCAGAAGCAGCGCGUGGCCAUCGCGCGCGCCAUCGUCAAGGACCCGCGCAUCCUGCUGCUGGACGAGGCCACCAGCGCCCUCGACGCCGAGUCCGAGCAGGUCGUCCAGGAGGCGCUGGACCGCAUCCGCGUCUCGCGAACCACCGUCGUCGUGGCGCAUCGCCUCUCCACCGUGCGCCACGCCGAUCAGAUCGCCGUCAUGCGCAAUGGCGCCAUCGUCGAGCUGGGCACUUACGAUCAUCUGAUCUCCACGCCCGAUAGCGCCUUCUCGGCCCUCGUCAAGCUCCAAAACAACGUCCGCUCGUAGCGAAUUCGAGCGCAAUCCAGCGCAAUCGAGACUCGCUAUGUAAAUACGAGUACACAAGUCAUGGUGUGAGAGUGCGAGCGCGAGCGAGUGCGUAUGCGUGGCUCGCACUCUCACACCAUUACCCUCUCUCUCCCUCCUUCCAUCCCUCCCUCCCUCGAGUCUUGGCUGCUGCUUCGUACACUCCACGCAGCGGAUUCCUCGGACCUUCCGCUUGCUCGACUCUGACCUCCACGGGUUGUCGAAUAUAUUGUGGGUCGCCAUCGCGCCUGACCUCGAAAUUCUUCCCUGAGGCGGGAAGGAAGAUUGUGCAAGUGCCGGCUGCCGAUGACUCGAUGGCUGUGGUGUGCUUGAAGUGAAACCGAACACUUCGCGAGGAGGCAUUCGGGUUGAGGUAGCCCAAGCGUCUUCCGUCUGUAUCUUCAGGGUCCGAUGAUGUCCGCAAUCGGUGAUCGGGCUCUCACCGAUUGUAGUGGAUGAGCUCGGCGACUGCAAUUCUUUGACUGGAGACGAAGUUGCGGAUAUAUAUGAUGGCGGUAAUGCACUCAGAAAAAGAAUUCAAAAAAAACUUUCUUUCUUUUGAUGGAAGGGACAUCGAGCAUUUGCUUCUCAGACCCACCGACGUGUACUAGUCAGGCAGGCAAGCGAUCUCCGCCUGGAGAAUUGGAGGCAAUUCGAGGAAGUAGGAAUGGAAGGUGGUGUACCAGUCAGGCAGGCAAGCGAUCUCCGCCUGGAGCAUUGGAGGCAAUUCGCGGACGUAGGAAUGGAAGGUGGAGGACGGAGUGUCGAAGCGGUGAAGACUCCAUACCCGGUAUCGAAUUUGCACAUUCGCGGCAACGAUGACGAUCAGAGGCCUGAUUCGAGUGAAGCUCAGCUGACACGACGGGCGGAGAAUAUUGGAAAUUCUAAGAAGGAAGGAGCGCGGGUCGAGAAGUGGUUGGAGGUUCAAAUUUAUUAUCGGCAGUUCGAUUUCAGCGAAGAGCAUUAUAUUUGUCCGUGGGUGAAUGGGUCGAUGCAGCACUAGCCUCGUCAGGCGAAUUGAACUGAAGCACAGUAAGUGCAAACGAGAUGAAAAAUUCCGAAGCAUACAACGCGUGGCUUCUGACUGUGUUGGCUACAUGUCAAGCUUCACAGAGUAUUGCUGGCAAUGCUCGUUUUCCCCAAUUCCGAAAAUGCUCUUUUCCCAAUUCUGACGAAUUCGUUCAUGGAGCGAAUAAAAAUUAUGGUCCAAUUCCCGACGUAGUUAAGCUUGGACUCGCGGUUGUGGAUUGAAGGGAGUUCUGAGAUUCUGCCAUGAAUUUCAACAGUGAGUUAAUACGUGAGGAUAGAAGGUCCGAUGUCUACUAGAAAUACAACACCCAGUCUGCACAAUUAAGAAGAUGUGACUUUCGCACGAUACCGGAAACCCAUUAAAUUUCAGUGAAAUUAUUUAAUCU